AUGGACGAAUUAUAAUACUACUACCUCUAUGGUGAGAGUGUUGUUUUCGUUAUAUCUUUCGUUCGUAAACUUGGCGUUUACCUGAUCAUUAUUAUUUAUUUAAAAUACAAUUUAUGUGAUCACUUAUCUCUUUUAAUAAUAGAUACACUUUGAUUUUCUCAAGAUGCCCCAAUCAGAUUCUAGACCAAGAGUUAUGUUGGAAGAAUUUCGUGUAAAGAAUGCUCCAGACGACUAUGGCAUGGCCGACGAAAAAUGGAAUUUUAAAAAAUUUACUAAGAAUUUUCGUAUUGUAAUAGUACGAUUAGAUAGUUUUGAAAUGGAAUUUGAUUUAAUUGGCAUUCAGCCUGCCUUUGCUAACGCAUUUAGAAGACUUAUGCUCAGUGAAGUGCCAAGCAUGGCUAUUGAAAAAGUAAUGAUUAAAAACAAUACAUCUAUUAUCCAAGAUGAAGUUUUGGCUCAUCGUUUAGGUUUAAUUCCUUUGAAAGCUGAUCCCAGAUUAUUCGAAUAUAAACCUGAAGAUGCAACAGAUGGUUCAGAAUGUAACAGUUUGGAAUUUUCUCUAAAAGUUAAAUGUUCAUAUAACAAAUUGCAAUCCAAGGAAUCCUAUCGUCCAGAAGAUUUGUAUGAAAAUAACAAUGUUUACUCCUCACAAAUCAAAUGGCAUCCAAUAGGCAACCAAGCAUCAGUGCACAAAGAAGCAGAUGUGAGUCCUGUCCAUGGAGAUAUACUAAUAUCAAAAUUGAGACCUGGGCAUGAGUUAGAUUUACAUAUGGUAGCUGUAAAAGGAAUCGGCAAAGAUCAUGCCAAGUUUUCACCUGUCGCGACAGCAUCAUAUAGGUUGCUGCCUGAGAUUCAUUUGACACGUGAGGUGAACGGAGUGGAAGCGACGUUGCUGCAGAGUUGCUUUUCGCCGGGUGUUAUUGCCAUUGAUGCUGAUGGCCGAGCGCGCGUCAACGAUGCACGCUACGAUACUUGUAGCAGAAAUGUUUAUAGAUAUGAAGAAAUAAAAGAUGCAGUUGUUCUCAGCAGAAUACGUGACCAUUUUAUAUUUAAUGUGGAAUCAGUUGGAGCUUUGGCACCUAAUAUAAUUUUUGUUGAAGCUGUUAAAGUUUUAAGAGAUAAAUGUAAAUCAUUAUUAGAUGAAUUAAAUACUUUGUAAGU